AUUCAUAUUACAACAAUAUCGUAUAGUUAUCCGAUUUAAAAGCUUUAUUACACAAAUUUACUGCCACAUUUAUAACUUUUGUUUGAAACUUCAAAAGUUACACAGAGAAAGGAAAAAUCCCUUAAAGAUGCCUCCUUUUUGUUGCGGUGGUCGUCGCUGUGCCGCAGAUAUAAAACGUCGUGUGGAGGGGAACAGCGAGCUUCUGUUGGAUGAUGAGCACACUGCAUCUCAGCAGAGUCCAAUAACUGUUACGGAGGCCGAGUCUCCAUUGACGCUGAAGUUCUAUGCACGUCACGAUUGGCCGUAUUUCAACUGCACCGAUGAACAGAUUCAGCGUAUGCGCAAAAAAUUUGAAAAGGAUGUACAGAAAUCAACAGAGGAGGACAAUGCCAGUCAGGCAACUGGCGGGAAGGCCAAGAAGUAUGAGCCAAAGCAUGCCACAGCUCAGCCCAUGACGGAGAACCAAAUAUACGGAUGGUAUCAACAUCGUGCCUAUCGUUAUUUAAAAAAAGAUCGUGGCAUUUUCGUUUUUCCGCGCGAGGGUGAUCCAUUGAUCAAGCUGAUUUUGGCUUCCAAAUGGAUGGGUCAUUAGAAAACAAUCACCAGGCAGAACUAAUAUUUUCAUAGAAGGAGGAGUAGCUCUGCAAGACUUGACGACACCUCGCCUAUUGUUAUUAAAUUAAAUUUGAAUUGAAAUUUAUAACAGUUUCAAUUUAUGGAAUUUUUUGUGGAUCUCUAUUAAGCUAUUUAAAUAAAGCUUUGUAGGAUUCUCGAAACA